AACGAAUCGACCGGAAAUAGUGUUGUCGACCGAUCGUCAUGCCGGUCUCCAGCUCACCGACACGAGCGGCUUUCUGCGGAGCUCGGCCUCGCUCCUCAACGCCAACAAGGCCGUGGUCGCAACGCUCUCAAAGGACCUCUUCUCAUACCAUCACACGUACCGUGUCUUCGCCGGCACGACCAAGACGCAGAUCUUGAAGCUCCUCGUGCGCAAUAGCUGGUUCAGGCUUGUCUGUCGAGGCGACUGGGACACGCAGCUUCUCAUCACGUGCGACGACACCGCCGUGGCCAAGAUCCGCCCGCCGGCCGCUACAUCGACGUCGCCCCCGGCGUUGAGGUAGGCGUCCUCCUCCUCGUGCAAUAUUUGCCACCGCCGACUGCGAGAGCUCGUGUAUCGCAUCCACCGACGCCUUAGCGGCCAUUGCGGACUCGUGAGGACGCGACAAGAAACAUAAAUCGCCGUCAGCGAAUCCGUGUACUAAGUCUGGACGCCAAUCCUACUGCCUCUUGCUCGGGCAGCUCUGGCUUCUACCCGCAGCAAUACUGCACUACGAGGUUGAAGCUCGAGCCCAAGCGACGAGGUUGGUCGUUAGAUUAGUCGCCGGCAAUGACAUCUGGCUGGUGAAUUGCAAUUUUCAAAGCCCUGUCACCGAGACUUUAACGAAUAGCACACUUCGUCCCCUUGCGACUCGG